CCACACACUCCAGAGAAGUUAAAGCGUGAGGUGAAGUGAAGAGGAGAGAUGGAGCGCUGUCUCAGCCUUCUUGAUUUUUUUUUUUUACUUUUUCUUCUUGUUUAUACGAAUCAUUGACUUUCUCAAGAAGAUAAAUCAUUGAUGAUUGAAUAAAGUUUUUUUUUUUUAAACUAAAAUAAAGGCUUAAAGCCUGUUCAGACCCAUUAUUGUUUUGUUUUCGGCCUCCUCAGAACUGUGUGUGUGGGAGUUUGUGCUGACUGCAGCAAGGCUCAAAAUGGUGGACUGAGUUUUCCUGAACAUUUCACUUGUGUCUAUUAGAACAAUAAUUCUCCUUACUGAGCAUGUUCUCACUUCUUCAGACUUAAAUGGAUAUCUGUGCUGAAGGCAGCAAAUGAAGCCUAUUUGUUUUUAUUAUUAUUAUUAUUAUUUGUAUUCACCCUGCCUGCGUUCCUAUAUGUACAUAGUUGAACGUUGUACGUCUGAAAAUAUGUGAAACCCAUUAUUGACUCACUACUGACUCUGUGCAUCUACUCUGAUGAAAAUUUGCCAAUUAUUAUCGUGAGUUUCCAGUAUGCCUUCAGGCAUCAACACUGACGAUGACUCGGACGGUAGCAGCAGUCAGUUUAGUUGAACAUUCAUAGUUGGUUUCUACUACCGAGUCCAUCAAAAUCACCAUCUUGUUCUUCCAUCGAUAAUCCUUUAAUUACCCCCCCCACUUGACUACUUCAGUGGGGGGGGACUGAAAUUUACACUUUUCUGGAGUGACCUUGCCUCUGGCACCAAAACCUGGGCCAUGGAGUCAAACCCGGACAGCCCUAGCCGGGCUGUGGAGUACCUCCUGGAGCUCAAUAAUAUCAUUGAGAACCAGGCCAAGCUCCUGGAGACACAACGCCGGCGCAUUGAGGAGCUCGAGACACAGCUCGACCGAGUCAACCAGGAGAACCAGGACCUUCGCUUGGACAGAAAACCUGGAGCUGAUAGCUCCAUACAGAACCACAGUCAUGAACAGAACUCAAAGUCAAGUGGACCAUCGUCUUUGACAAACCACAACGCCAGCAGUGUCCACCAUAACAGCAGCAGUAAUGUACCAUCGUCUACGGUUCCCGGGCCUGCUCGGAGGACCCACACCAGGCUGAGCCGAGGCCUAUCAUGUGGCUCCGCUCCUGUGGAGAAGGAGAGAGGAAGGCUGGAGAGGAACGACAGCACUGGAACCAACAGCACAUCUACUCUACGGAGACAAUUGCACUCAUUUCCUAGUCUCUCUACUCUCACUCAUCGCUCUUACGCCUCCUUGGUCAACAACCAUCUGAGCGCUCAUCAUCAUAGCUACGGCCAUCAUCAGUUCUGCUGUCCCUCCAGGCCAAGUAGGCCCAAGCCUCCUGCCUCUCUCACCACUGUCAAACCAAGAGAGGAGGAAGAGGAGGUGGACAGUGACUCUGUGCAUCAGUUCUGUUGUACUGGCUCUGCAUGCAGUAGUCCCUCCUCUCACUAAACUUCAUCAUGGAUGCAACA